AUGGCGAGAUGCAAGAAGAACAGCCAAAAGCCUGCUUCAGUUUCGACGGUGAUCGCUUCUCCGGUGGUACAAGAGACGAGUGAGGAUAGUAGAAUUGCGAAGGAUUAUGAUGCACCAGAGGAUAUAGAUGAUGAGUUCAAAGACUCGAUGGUGGAUUUCCCAGAUUUUGGUUUGCAAGAUGCUUUAGAUUCUGAAAGGGAUUCGUCUGGUGUUUUGGGGUCUGGAGCGAUUGGGAAGGAUAAGGGUGUUGAUGAGGAUGAUUUUUUGAGCCAGGCUAAAGAUAAGUGGUCCCAGUUUCGUUCCUUGCUGCCUAAUCAGGGAGGGGCCAAACUUACUUUUGAGGAGCCAAUUAUUAAGGAAGGCAUUCGGAUUGCCCAGGUUGAUUUGGAUGAGAUUCAGGUUGAGACUUCUUUCUGGAACUCAGCUGUAGUUUGUAUGGUGCUUGGGGCUAACCCACCAUUCGCAGUUUUUGAGGGAUUUGUUAAAAGGAUUUGGGGUAAACUAGGGAUUGAGAGAAUUGCUAGGCUUAAUUCUGGUCUUACACUCGUUAAGUUCCGUGAUGAUGCCACAAGAGAUUUGUUUUUAGAAGCUGGGGUUAUGCACUUUGAUAGAAAACCAGUGAUAGUGAAGCCUUGGUCAGCUGAUUUGGAUACUCUUGAGGCUGUGAAAACUGUCCCUAUUUGGAUUAGAUUGCCAGGACUGGGUUUGCAAUAUUGGGGUACGAAAUGCUUAAGUGCUCUUGUGAGCACAAUAGGAAACCCACUUCUGGUAGACAAAGUUACUAAGGAAAGGUCGAUGAUGCAAUUUGCUAGAGUGUUAGUUGAAAUUGAGAUCGCUGAGGCUCUCCCUAAAUCUAUUCAGUUCCUUAAUGAGAAAGGGCAAUUAAUGGAACAGCCGCUGGAGUUUGAGUGGCUCCCGACUCAGUGCAGUGGGUGCAAGGUGUUUGGUCAUACAGUUAGUGUGUGUAAAAGGAAGUCUAUUGAGGUUUGGAGGCAGAAAGGCCAUACUGGAAUAGUUGAGACUAAACAAGGUAACACGGAACAACAACCAGUUUCAGAAGAAAAGAAUGUUACUAGUGGAGAAAAGGUUGCUGUCACGAAGGAUUUAGAUGAUAAGGAUUUAGAUGCAGGUCAGAGGAUAUCUCAGUCUCAGGCUCAAGUUAGGAAUGCAGAUCACAUUGAUGUUGCUCCUGAUAGAAAUGUUAAUGUGACAGACAAGCUGGAAUGGAGUGCUCCUAAAAGAGGAGGUGGUCUUAAGAAGGUUAAUAGGAAGAUUCAGAGCAACCUGAGAAACUCUUAUGGUGUUUUGCAGGAUAAGAUUGGUCUUGGAGCUUUUUUGGAGACCAAACUUUAUGGUGAUAAAAUUGGGAAAAUGAUGAGUGCUUCUUUUAAAGGGUGGAACUACUACUCGGGUACUAAUUCGGAGGGUCGUAUUCUGGUUUUGUGGCUGCCUCAGGUGGUGACUGUUGAGAUCCUAAUGGAGAGUGACCAAUUUGUUCACAUAUAUGUUAAAGGGAUUAGUUCUAGUAAAGGUAAUGAUAGAGUGGGUGGUUGUAUUAUCACUGCUGUUGAGUUGGAGGAUGCUCGAAAUUGGAGGGCUUUGGGGUUAGUUGAUGAGCUGCGUUCCAAAGGGUCUCAUUUUACUUGGACUAACAAUCAAGAAAAUGAUAAUAGAAUCUACUCUAAACUGGAUAGAGUGUUUAAAAACGAAGAAUGGCUGGAUUUGUUCCCUCAAGCUGAAGCUUUGUUUAAUUGGGACCUUCUUUCUGAUCAUUGCUACUGUAUCAUCAAAAUGGGAGCUGCUAUUAACAGUGGUCUUAAGCCUUUUAGAUUUUUUAAUAUGUGGACUGAGCAUAGGAGUUUUAAAGACACUGUUUUACAGAGCUGGAAUAAGCCUAUUAAAGGAAGAGGGCUGGUGCGUAUUGUCAGAAAAUUGAGUAGACUUAAGGUUGUUCUAAGCAAGUUCAAUAAACUCGUUGUGGGUGAUGUGGCUAUGCAUUACAAUCUGGCGAAGGAGAAGUUUCAAAAUGCUCAAGGAUUGCUUCAAAGAAAUCCCCACUCGACUGAGUUGCAAAGGGAGGAAGCUCUGGCUGGUGCGUGUCUUGCUUAUCAUUCUAAAGCUUAUGACAGCUUUUUGAGACAAAAAAGCAAGAUUGAUUGGCUGCGAAAUGGGGAUGAUAACACGACUUACUUUCAUGCGUGUUUAAAGCAAAGGAGAGCCAAUAAUUGCAUUACUUCAGUGGUUUCGGAUUCAGGUGAAUUAAUUGAGAACUUUGAAGAUGUUGUGACGCAUUUUGUUCACCAUUUUCAAAAAAUUAUGGGCAGUAGUAGUAAUGCUUCAGUUCCAGUUCAGUCCUCUUAUUUCAGGCUUGGUCAUUGUUUAUCCCUAGAGCAGCAAGUUAAGCUUGUUAGACCAUUCACAAAGAAGGAAGUGAAGGAUGCCUUAUUUAGCAUAAGCUCUAAAAGUCCGGGGCCGGAUGGGUUCGGUUCUGGUUUUUUUUAA